AUGCCACUAGUCCCGAUUGAUCAUUCCGAAAUCACCACCACCAUCACUACAGAUGAACGCAAUUACCUGUGCAGUAUCACCAGCACCAGCACCAUCAUUACUAUCAUCACGACGACCAAGAUCGUCAGCCGAAGCCUACCUAUAUAUCAAGUUUACUGUCGAGCAGACCACAAAUACGCGCUCACCAUCCGUGACAACAAGGUUAAGGAUACAAUAGGCUUACCCAGCUUUGCUCUGGUGAACAAAGCUACCGGGGAAGCCAUCCAACACGGUGUUGCCGGUGUUCAACUGGUACAGCUGUUGAAAUACUAUGAGCCUAAUGAUGAAGGUGUUGAUCAUUCCAUAUUGUGGAGUGAAGCUUGUAUCAAGGAUGAUAAUGGCGAGUAUAAAGCAAUUAGGAUGGUGAAUAAUAUUGGCAUGAACAUGGAUGCAUUUGGGGCUACCAAAGAGCGUGGGGGAGUCCAAGAUGGGACUGCCAUUGGUCUGUGGGAAUGGAACGGAGGAGACAACCAACGUUGGAAGAUUAUUCCCUAUUGA